CUAAUAGCGUAGUUCGAACUACUUUUAACUUCAUAGACUACCUUGAAAAACGGUUUUGAAUGGUGUUUCAUACGGUCUAUCUGUAGGUGUUAUUAUAUAUUUUUUACUCAAUUCAAUACACUUCAUUCUGAACUGAACAAAAAUAUAAAGGCACCAUGCAACAAUUUGCAUUUUUUUACUGAGUUACAGUUCAUAUAAGGAAAUGAGUCAACAUAAAUAUAUUUGUUAGGCCCUAAUCUAUGGAUUUGACAUGACUGAGAAUACAGAUAUGUAUCUGUUGGUCACAGAUACCUUUAAAAAAAGGUAAGGGCGUGGAUCAGAAAACCAGUCUGUGGCGUGACCACAAUUUGCCUCAUGCAGGGCCACACAUAUCUUUAGCAUAUAGUUAGUUGAUCCGGCUGUUCAUUGUGGCCUAUGGAAUGUUGCCCCACUCCUCUUCAAUGGCUGUGUGAAGUUGAUGGAUAUUGCGGGGAACUGGAAUGCGCAGUUGUACACGGUGAUCCAGACAAUCCCAAACAUGCUCAAUGUUGCCCCACUCCUCUUCAAUGGCUGUGUGAAGUUGACGGAUAUUGCGGGGAACUAGAAUGCGCAGUCGUACACGGCGAUCCAGACAAUCCCAAACAUGCUCAAUGGGUGGCACGUCUGAGUAUGCAGGCCAUAGAAGAACUGGGACAUGUUCAGCUACCAGGACUGGUGUACAGAUCCUUGCGACAUGGGGCAAUGUAUUAAUCAUGCUGAAACGUGAGGUGAUGGCGGUGGAUGAAUGGCACGACAUUGUGCCUCAGGAUCUGGUCAUGAUGGAGCUUCCACCCCACGAAGGAUCGGUACUCUCUGUGGUUGACAUGCACACAGGUGGAGAGCCUUUGCGCAUUAUCCUUAGUGGUUACCCAGAGGUAAAAGGCGAGGGUGUGCUAUCCAAACGACGCUACGUGAGAGAGCAUCUGGACUACCUACGGAGAGUGUUGAUGUUUGAACCAAGAGGACACUAUGACAUGUAUGGAGCCCUGGUCGUGGAGAGUGAGAUACCUGAAGCAGACUUGGGGGUUCUUUUCAUGCACAACGAAGGUUACAGUACCAUGUGUGGCCAUGCUGUCAUCGCUCUUGGGAGGUUCGCUGUAGACUACAAACUUGUUCAAGAGCCGAGGUCGCCAGAGACGCAGGUGAAUAUACACUGUCCAUGUGGCCUGGUUAAGGCAUUUGUGGAGUACUCCAAUGGUAAAACCGGAGGUGUGAGGUUCCACAGUGUUCCAGCGUUUGCAUUUGCAACUGAUGUAAUUGUUGCUGUGCCUGGGCAUGAUGAAGUCACUGUUGAUAUAAGCUACGGAGGAGCAUUCUACGCAUUUGUAAGUGCAGAGCGAUUUGGCCUGGACAUCAACAAGUCCAAGACCAGGGAUCUGGUGGAUGCAGCUACUGCAGUGACCAACUCUGUCAAAUCUCAGGUAAAACUGCAUCACCCAACCAGUGAGGACCUGGCCUUUCUCUAUGGCACCAUCCUCACAGAUGGAAAAGAUGCCUAUUCCCAAGAGCCCACUGCUAACAUGUGUGUGUUUGCAGAUGCCCAGGUGGACAGAAGCCCUACAGGUUCAGGGGUCACUGCCCGUGUGGCUCUCCAGUACCAUAAAGGCCUCAUCCAACUCAACCAGACUAGGACCUUCCAGAGUGGGGCCACAGGAUCUCUGUUCACUGGCAAAGCUGUUCAGGACACCACAUGUGGAGACUUCAAGGCUGUGGUGGUUGAGGUGGCUGGCAGAGCACACUACACUGGCGUGGCCAGCUUUGUGCAGGAAAGUGAUGACAAGCUAAAACUUGGUUUCCUGCUGAAAUAGGAGCAGCUACCAGUGUCCACAAUCACUUUUGAGUGCAUCUCCAUCCAAGCAAAGGACCAUAUCAGAUUGCAAAUAAAUUGUAAAAAAAAAUAUAUAAAAAAAAACCCUUCGCCCAUUGAAGGCCUAUGUAGCAUCGGUAAUGGUCAUAAGUAUUGUGUGUACUGUAUGCACAGAGUCUGACAUGAGAGACAUGGCAGACAAGGCUGUUGGAAUUCCCUCAAACAUCUGCAUGGUUAAGGUCAACUUCCAUGAGUAGGUGUCCAAUAUAACAAAGUUUGCUCCUGUCCUGUAGUGGUCAUAAACACUAAAUGAACUAAAGAGUGUUAAGUAGGAUGACUUUGGUCAUAAAGUCAGUAUUUUUUUAAGGAAACAAUAUCUCAGAUUUCUUGGAUAUUUGAGGAUUGGGUUUUGAUUUCAGUCAUGCCCAGUCAUCGCCCGGUACAAAGCGAUGGGAGAGCUGUGACACACUGGUCUGGACAGGAGUCAGUUUGUUGGUGCAAUAUACACACAAAAAUGGUUUGAACUUUGAUUCUCUCAAACAUUUUUCCCCCUGGGGGUUGAGACCUCCCGCUAUUUGAAAAUCCAACAGUUGUAUUGGAUGAAAAAACACAUCCCCCUUCAUUACCAAUGCAUUGUGCCUACAACAUGUGUUUGAUACCAUUCCACUCCAGCUAUUUCCACGAGUCCGUCCUCCCCAAUUAAGGUGCACCAACCUGCGGUAUGAACACUUUAAAGUGUCUGCUAAAUGGCAUAUAUUAUUAUAAACCACAACCCCAUGCCAGAAUCUCAUCUCCGGAGUUACAUUUCCUUUGAGGAGGAAAACUGUGGUGAAAUCAGUCAGUUCAGCCUCCCUUUAAGGUGAUGUGUAAAUCAAUGUUAGUGUCGUGCUACAAAGCCAAGGUGGAACAUAUUGGGUAAUAUCACAUAUUGGCCUCAAGAUGGCGCUAUACAAAAAUGUUCUGCUAAAGUAGUCAAGUGACUGAAGGAGGCUGAUGUUUGUAAUAAAACAUUAAAAAACACGUAUCCAUUCAUAGACACAUUUAGCUGUGAUUGGGAAUGCAGCCAUUGGACAAUGUUAUUUUCACCUCGAUUUGAAAUAAAAAAUACCACAACCUGCA